UAUGAAUCGUGAAAAAGCUCAUGUCCUCGCCCUCGUAUCGCAGUGUCUCGUUACCCCCAAUGGAAUGGCUCGGUUCUUCGCCACCGGGCCCACCUGUUACUCUCCCCCUUCUCCCAUCCCCAACUCCAACCCCAUCUUCCUCUCGAGAAAACAGCAAUGCCUCGCCCUCCUCCAGUCCUGCUCCUCCAUGGCCGAGCUCCGCCAGAUCCACGCCCAAGUCCUCGCCUCCGGCCUCCUCCGCCGCGACAAAUUCCUCGCCAGCGAGCUCCUCCGCUUCUGUGCCCUUUCCCCCUCCGGCAGCCUCCCCUACGCUCGCUCUCUCCUCGCCCACUCCGCCGACCUCCCCAUGCGCUCCUCCUGGAACCACCUCAUCCGUGGCUACAGCCAGAGCGACUCCCCUGGGGAUUCCCUUUGCCUCUAUCUCCAGAUGCGUCGCCAUGGAUUGAGACCCAAUGAGCUAACCUUCCCCUUCGUCCUUAAGGCCUCCGCCCACCUCGCGGCCCUCCAGCUCGGCAGGCAAGCCCAUGCUGAUGCUCUAAAGACCGGUUUCGAUUCGAUUGUAUAUGUUCGGAACACUCUCAUGCUUCUCUAUGGGUCCUGUCGCAAGAUCAAAGAUGCGCGGCGAGUGUUUGAUGGUAUGCCUAUUAGAACAGUUGUUUCGUGGAACACCAUCUUAUCGACUUACGUCGAUAACUUGCUGCCGGAAGAAUCGAUCGGCGUGUUUACUCAGAUGAGGAGCUGCGGGUUCGAGCCCGAUCAGACAACAUUUGUCGUCUUGCUCUCUGCUGCCGCUGAGCUUGGAAGCUUGAGGUUUGGAAGAUGGCUUCAUGGCGAUAUCGUCGGAGGGGGAUUGGAUAUAAAUCUCCCGCUUGGUACAGCGCUCGUCAACAUGUAUGCGAAGUGUGGGUCUGUAAAUCAUGCUAGACGUAUGUUUGACAGAAUGCCAGUGAAGAAUGUGUGGACUUGGAGUGCGAUGAUUCUGGGAUUCGCUCAGCAUGGUUCCCCUAAACAAGCUCUUGAACUCUUCUCGGACAUGAAAAAAGCCUCAAUCAAACCCAAUUACGUGACAUUUCUUGGGGUUCUUAGUGCUUGUAGCCAUGCUGGUUUGGUGGAUGAUGGGUAUAGAUUCUUUCAUGAGAUGGUGCAUGUCCACAGCAUCGAGCCGAUGAUGACACAUUACAGUGCCAUGGUUGAUGUACUUGGUCGCUGUGGUCGUCUUUGCGAGGCCUAUGACUUUAUCAGGAGCAUGCCUGUCGAGCCCGAUGCAGUCGUCUGGAGGACAUUGUUAAGUGCAUGCCAGUUGCAUAGCUCUAAAGAUAAAGCUAGAAUUGUAGAGGAUGUGAAGAAAAGAUUGCUCAUGUUGGAGCCAAGACGAACCGGAAACUAUGUCAUGGUUGCCAACAUGUACUCAGAGGCCGGAUCAUGGGAGGAAGCUGCCAGAGUGCGGAGGAUGAUGAGAGAAGAGGGGUUGAAGAAGGUGGCUGGGGAGAGUUGUGUUGAAUUGGGUGGAUCUAUUCAUAGAUUUAUCUCAGGGGAUGAUUCCUGCAUGGAACUUGAGUAUGUGUAUGACGUAUUGGAUGGUUUGCACUUGAACAUCAAAAUGAUAGACUGUAUGGGUAGAAAUUCUUUUAUAAAUUCAAUAAGAAAUUUAUAUUUAUGAAUU